AUGAACAAAUCCCUGACGCCCAACACUGUGAGUAGUAGUAGCGGAGGCACCACCACUCGUUUGACACGUCCUCCUCAACACGUGAGAACAUCGAGUGGAAUUACACAUCACACGACCAACAAUGAAUUGAACCUAUCAUCCACUUCAUCCUCCUCCCAUAGUAUUUCAUCUUCCGAUCCUCAUCACAACACCUCUCAACACGCCAUGUACAGCUCGGCCGUGUAUGGACAACGUCUCAACAAGAGCCGAUGUAUGGCUCCAGUCAAGGGUGAUACUCGAAAUAAUAGAUUUCUUGUGGGUACUUGUUCACUCAAUUCCAACAAUGAAGUCCAUCUCAUUGAAUUCAACGAAGAUGAAAAUGAUAUCUAUUGUCGGCAAGUGUACUCUCAUUUGAAUGAAAUUUGGUCCAUCAGUCCACAUCCGAGCAAGCCUAAAUAUUUCUUUACUAUUUACAAUACAGUCAAGUUUGGAUUUGAAGCAGCUCUACAUGCCAUGUCGUGUUAUUCCGAUGAUGGGUCUUCCAAUGAUGAUGAUGAAAGUAAUCAUUUGGAAAUGAUUUCAAAAUUGGAAGCAAAACAAUUUGAUAAUGAGAGAGUUCAUGAAGUAUUGUGGGAUUUGAAUGGAACCAAUGAUCGGUUUUUGACCAUUGAUGAUAAAUCACUCCGAGAAUUUAGAUUUGAAAAAACAUGUAAAUUCCUAAACAAGUAUGAUAUGGGAGCUAGAAGAUUGCGAACUGGUGCAUGGGAUCCUCAUCAUCCGGAAAUUGUUGCAUUGGCAGCACAAACCAAAAUUAUUCAAGUAGAUUUGAGAGAAAAGAAUAACAAGAAGAAUUUGGAAUUUAUGGCUCACGAUCAAAUGGUUCGUGAUGUUCAAUAUAAUCCCUAUCAACCCUAUCGAUUGGCAUCGUGUGGUGAUGAUUGUUUAAUCAAGUUUUGGGAUGUACGUUCAACAAAAGAGCCAUUACUUGUUUUGGCAGGUCAUUCUCACUGGAUUUCAAAAAUUAGAUUUAAUCCACAAUAUGAUCAAUUGGUUUUGACUGGUGGAACUGAUAAUAAGGUCAAUUUAUGGUCUAUUGCCUCAAUUUCUUCCAAAGCAAAAGAGCAAGAAUUGGAUGAAGAGUUGCAACAAGAAGAAAAGUCAUCUACAAAAAAGAAGGAAGAAUUAUUUGACUCUCUCGUACAUAGCUAUGAUGAACACGAAGAAAGUGUGUAUUCUCUUUGUUGGAGUAAUACCAAUAGUUGGACAUUUGGUUCUGUAUCAUAUGACGGUCGUGUACUCAUGCACACUGUUCCAAAGGCUGAGAAGUUGCGUGUUUUGAAUCUUUAA